AUGGGCGACUGGUCAUUCCUGGGCCGGCUUCUUACCGAAGUCCAGAACCAUUCCACCGUCAUCGGCAAGAUCUGGCUCACGGCCCUGCUCAUCUUCCGCAUCCUCCUGGUCACGUUGGUGGGGGAUGCCGUGUACGGGGACGAGCAGUCCAAGUUCACCUGUAACACCCUCCAGCCCGGCUGCACCAACGUCUGCUACAACAGCUUCGCCCCCAUCUCCCACCUCCGCUUCUGGAUCUUCCAGAUAGUCCUGGUGGCCACACCCUCCAUCUUCUACAUCGUCUGCCUCCUGCACCAGGUGGCUCUGGAGGAGCGCCUGGAGGUGGAGAGGGACGGGCUGCUGGAGCUGUGGCUGAGGCAGGCGGCCUCCCGGCAGGCCUUUCCAGGCUCCGGGGGCCUGGUGCCCUCCAUCCCCCUGGAGGGGCAGAGUGUGGACGGGGAGGAGGGCCUUCCCAGGCCCGCUUCCCAGGACCCCGUCCAACUGGCCAACCGCGUGUUGGUCAUCUACAUCGUGCACGUGGUCUUGCGAUCCUUCCUGGAGCUGGGAUUCCUGGUGGGCCAGUAUUACCUGUUCGGCUUUGACGUCCCCCACUUGUUUCGCUGCGAAACCUACCCGUGUCCCACCCAGACGGACUGCUUCGUCUCCAGGGCCACGGAGAAAACGAUCUUUCUGAAUUUUAUGUUUGGGGUGGGCCUUGGCUGCUUUUUCCUGAACUUGGCCGAGCUGCACUACCUGGGCUGGCUCUUCACCUUCCGGAUGCUUUUCAGGGCUUGUGUCAAUUGCUGCCAGUACCUGGGGAAGGCUUCCCCGCCCCACAGGCCGUGGCUCCUGCCUCUUCUGGACUCCAGUCAGCAGAGGAUGCUCCUGGAAGCCUCCUUGCUGCCUGCGUGGGGGUCCGGGCAUCCUGUGCACACGGUGGUCCCUGUGACUAUGGAUGCAGCACAGUCAGCUUUGGAGGGACACACCAACCACAAAUCUACAAAGGAAAAGCCCCCCAAAAUGCCUCUCAGGAAAAAAUCCUGGUUAUAG